AUGCAGCUCACCGUCGCUCUCCUCUCUCUUGUCUCCCUCGUCGCGGGCGCCGCUCUGGAUGCCCGUGGUGACUGCCAUGGCAACAACUGCAACCGUGCGGUCACUGGCACCAGGCCGGGCCUGCUCCCGCUGAGCGAGCGCUCGUCAAGCUGCUCGAGCUUCCUGCUGACGACCGUAACCCCUGCUGCCACCACCGUCACGGUAACGGUUGACGAGGACGACCUCCCCACGUCGACGGCCCCGGCCAAGCGCGAUCUGCUCAUGGCACGGCAGGUGACGGUCGUGCCGAGCUCCAUCCCCGAGUUCGCGGCCAACUGCGCCAACGCGGCCGAAUUUGCCCAGGCCUGCUCGUGCUUUGGUGUUACCGGCUCCGUGACGACGGCUCCGACACCCACCGUCACGGUCACCACGACGGUGGACUACUGUGAGGAUAUCUGA